CCUAGGUACACCUUGCUUGAACGCAUUCAAUGCGAUUUUGGAUCUGACAUCGCUUCGUGCUUCCUGAUCCUUCCUCUAUUUGGCCGCAACUGCGUCGGCCAUGGACCUGGUCAUGCAGCAUGUCAAGGCGCACACAAAUUGCCGCUGAAGUUUGAACUUGAAGGAUCCUGCAGUGGUUGAAAGGAAAGGUUUUAUUUUAAGCUGACUAUUCAAGACGCCGCCCAAGCUGAUUGCUUCGAGACCUUCAGCUCAUGCCAACCCAAAAACUCUAAAAAUUACGGCAGCUUUUGGGGCGAGCUUCGAGGGACCCCUCUCUGGAUUAAGUGCUUCAAAGUCGACACCAGUGACGCUUUUGUAGGAUUCUUGGACAAAGCAAGAGCAAAAGCGGUGGUGAACCAUGGGUUGCUUUGGCGGAGGGAAGCCGAAAAAGAAGCAUGCCUCGUCUUCGCACGCGCCCAGCUCGUACAACUAUGGCAAUGGGAUCAUCCACACCAAUGGCUCAGGUUACAGCGGGAUUCGUCCAGCGUCUCGGCAGGCCCUCCCUUUGCCUCAGGUCGUUCCCGUAACGGGCGGCCAUCGCAGCUCCGGCAGUGCCUCCAGUGAUCUUGGGGGGGCGGCCGGGGGUCCAGGUUUUCCGUACGGAAUGACGCCUUCCCUGACGUCCCCCGUGAAGUGCCGAACGUUUACUUAUCAGGAGCUCAAAGCCGCCACAAAGAACUUUCGGCAGGACAGUCUCCUUGGAGAGGGCGGCUUUGGGCGGGUCUACGCGGGGCGGCUGGAGAGCACGGGCCAGGUGGUUGCGGUCAAGCAGCUGGACCGCGAGGGGAGCCAGGGCCACAAGGAGUUUAUGGUGGAGGUCAGCAUGCUGAGCCGGCUCCACCAUCCCAACCUGGUCAACCUGAUUGGGUACUGCGCCGAGGAGGAUCAGCGGCUGCUCGUGUACGAGUUCAUGCCACGUGGCAGCCUGGAGCAUCACCUCUUCAGACGAAGCAGCAGUCCCCUCUCUUGGGCGCUCCGCGUGAAGAUCGCGCUGGGCGCCGCGGCGGGGCUGGAGUACCUGCACGACGACGAGGGCAAGCCGCCCGUCAUCUACCGCGACUUCAAGGCGUCCAACAUCUUGCUGGACCAGGACUACAACGUAAAGCUGUCCGACUUUGGGCUGGCCAAGAACGGCCCGACGGGCGACAAGACCCACGUGUCGACACGUGUCAUGGGCACGUACGGCUACUGCGCGCCUGAGUACGUCAUGACGGGGCACCUCACGGCGCGCAGUGACGUUUACUCGUUUGGAGUGGUGUUAUUGGAGCUGCUUACGGGCAAGAUUGCAGUGGACAAGGGGCGGCCGCAGGGGCAGCACAACCUGGUGCAAUGGGCGCAGCCGCUGUUGAGCGACCGGCGCAAGAUGUACAAGAUCAUGGACCCGCGGCUGGAGGGCGUGUAUGACGUCAAGGCGGCGCAGAAGGCGGGCCAGAUCUGCGACCAGUGCCUCAAGGACAACCCCAAGUCGCGGCCCACCAUGGGCACCGUCGUGCGCCACCUGGCGGCGCUGCAGGAGUACAUGGAAACCGCUCCCUCCAUUCCGGCUCGAACAUCCUCCGGCUCUUCGGUGGGAGAGCUCCCGCCCUCGUCCUCAACGUCUGCUCAAAGCGGUUCCAAGAACCUAGCGCAACCAAGCCCUUUCAAUGCACCAAACGGGCUUGUCAAACCCUCUCGGACGUCAAAUACGUCGCAACAAAAAGAAGGGCGGUUAAGGGCCGGGUAGCAAGCUCGAUGACUUGAGCAUAUAACAUACAAACCCCUCAAACCAUUCGUUUAUAGGUUGAACAUGUAAAUAGAACAACAAUUGAGCAUUGUUGAGGUAUCAGAGCUUAUAUCAAUCACCAAAGAAAAGAGUGAUCGGUGUGCCAAAUAACGUUUUGGACAAGUCGAUUGUCGAAUAUCCAGCCUACGGCGAGAUCCGCUACGUUGUUAUCCAAGUUCAAGUUCCCAUUGUAACGUAGUCAUGCCACCUUAUUGGGCGCUAUGCUUAGCACCUCAUUCAAGGCUCAAGUUUUCGACAUAACGUUUCAGAUGUAGGUGCGCAAAAGCGAUGCCAUGAAAUAUUACUACUCUACAUUAGAUUUCAC